GGGUGACGGUUGGUGAUUGUCAGAAAGACAUGGCCCUCAUCGACACUACAUUCACUAGCUUGCACUGAACUAUGCCACCAUUCUAUUAAUUGCACAUAUCUAGAGAGAGAAGGAUAUAUCUUACGAAAUCUAUAUAGAAGUGUAAAACAGUCGAGGAGCUAGAGCUAGUGAUAACAAUGCAUGGAUUCAAGAAACUGGUUCUAUCAACUAUGUCUGCAAUUCUUCUUGCGCUUGAUCUUCUACCCUUUGUUGUAUCUUCAUCCAACGAAAACCAUCUCAUCAUUCCUCACAAAUACAUCAAACAGGAUUCCGAUAACCACAAGAUGAGUCCACGUUUGAUAUUUGAAAUAAAGAUUCAUGGGAUUCUGUUGUGGGCUUCCAUGGGGUUCUUGAUGCCUCUUGGUGUACUCAUAGUAAGAAUGUUUAACAAAGAAGAUUGCAGCCCCAGAAAGCUUAAAGCUGUCGUAUACAUUCAUGCUAUUCUUCAGAUACUUGCAGUGCUUCUUGCAUUCGCUGGAGCAAUCAUGUCUAUAACGAGCUUUGAAAACUCAUUCAACAACAAUCACCAGAGAAUAGGUCUUGCACUUUAUGCUGCCAUCGUGGUGCAAACCCUUGCAGGGUUUCGAAGGCCUAAGAGGGGGACUAAAGGAAGGACCUUAUGGUACGUUUUCCACUGGAUAUUAGGGACAACAAUCUCACUAGUUGGUAUCGUGAACACCUACACAGGUCUAAAAGCGUAUCACAAGAGAACAUCAAUGAAUGCAAGGGUUUGGAGCAUACUCUUCACUGUUGAGGUCUCUUUCAUGGCUUUCUUCUACCUAUUUCAAGAAAAAUGGGGUUACAUGCAGAAACAAGGAGUAAAAUCAGGUGAUGAACCUGUCAUAGUGAUACCUUCUCAUCAAGUGGAGAAUCAAAAAGAGGUAUUACCACCUCAGCCAUCCAGGAAGAGUAACUCAUUAGGGAAUUACUUUGCCAAAAACAAUGCUUUAAAGAAGUUAUUUCAAGUAACGUAAAUACAUUGGGGAUUUUUCGUUUUAUGUAUAUCAUUCCAUGCUUGCACAAUUGCACUCGUUUGAAUGGUGAUAAUGUGUGAUUUGGUAACAAUUUGUGCUUGUACAUUGUACAUUUUAGAGAGAAGAGAUAAAACUAGGAAGACUAACUUA